UUUCUCUCUCCUAUUACCACUCCCGCUCUCUUUUUCACUCUCGCUAGUUCACUUCAUUUUCUCUCCACUUCACAUAUUCUUUACGCACUAGUGAGCCGUGAACACCAUUCAUUUACUCUGGCCACCACUCCUAUUCCUUUUUCUUUCUUCUUCGGUGUGAGAGCGAAAUAUUCUGGGAGCGAAGAACACGCUACUCUCUUUUACGCUCUUUUUAUUUUAUUUCUUUGUAUACAUUAUAUCAUACGCCCAAUAUUUCCGACAUAAACAACCAGUAAUGAUGUCUAGUAGCGAAGAGGUUAAGAAACGACCACUCGACGAUUUGGACCGUCUGAAUGGAGAGCCCAAUGGACAUACUUCUCCUCCUCUUGAAAUGCCUCCACACGUUCCCGAAGAAACUUCGCUAAAGAGGCUUAAAACUGAAGACGAUGAUCAUGUUCCCAUGUCAACUUCCUCAACUACUCCAACCAUUACAUCGUCCGUAGAUCACCAUCCUCUUGUACCCUCCCUAGACCAUUCUCGCUUGGAACCCCCUGCAUCCCUCAACCACAAUAGCUCAGAGCAGACGGUAGAUAGUGAUAUGAAUGUCCCGAAUUCUGUACUCAAUGCGCCUGUGACCAAUGUAUUGUCAGGACCACAAGCUCCAGCCCCUGCUUUUGAAGCAGCUACGCAGUCUGUCGAGCAGCGGAAUUCUGAUAACAUUGAUGUCUCAAAGCCUGCGCUCCCAGCUGCCACUGUUGUAACAAACCAAUCGACAAACCCUACAAUCAGCACAGAGACACCUGUGGCCUCCGUCACAAACGGUGUUCGCAAGCCUGCGAUGACACGCGAGCAGCUUAAGUAUUGUACAGCUAUCAUUAGACAACUCAAAAGGCAUCGCGAUGCACCUGCCUUCCUACACCCUGUUGAUCCUUUGCAGCUCAAGAUUCCAGACUACCCUCUCAUUAUCAAACACCCAAUGGAUCUUUCAACAGUUGAUCGGAAAUUAAGUGGACUGGAAUAUGAUGCUGUUGAUGACUUCGUUAAAGACGUCAAUCUAAUCUUUGAGAACUGCUAUUUGUACAACGGUCGAGAGUCGCCUGUUUCUAUCUGUGCAUCCAAUCUUGAGGCCUCGUUCCACAGCUCGUUGCGUCAUAUGCCUAAAGAUAAUUCCAAGAUUGAUGUUCCAGCCGCAAAGGAAUCUGCAAAAAAGACUCCAACCACCCCCAAGCUGAAGAAGGAAGCAGUGAAAAAGGAAGAUGCCAAAACCCCAGUCCCUGUUUAUGUGCCACCAUCAGACCCAAUCCCACUGAACCUCUCUCAAUCUAGAGCUGCAUCUGAGGAACGUCGACCUAAACGAGAUAUUCAUGCGCCCUCAAAGGAAAUGCCUACAGCAAUCGCUGUGAAGAGGAAAGGCGCAGGGAAAUGGAAAUCGGACCCUCAGCUUCGAUACUGUGCAAGCAUUCUCCGGGAGUUUUCAAAAAAGGCUCAUGCGGAAUUCAUGUUCCCUUUCAUGGAACCUGUGGACUAUGAGAAGCUUGGCAUUCCUGACUAUCCCAAGAUCAUUAAGAACCCUAUGGAUCUUUCAACUAUCCGUCAGAAGCUGGAGGACGAUGAGUAUGAUGACCCGGCUCUAUUUGAGGCUGAUGUCCGUCUUGUGCUCUGGAACUGCUUCAAGUUCAACCCUGUUGGAACUCCUGUCCAUAUUAUGGGACGCAAGAUGGAGAGUUUGUUCAAUGAGAAGUGGGCUGAACGUCCGUUGCCACCCGCUCCACCAGCAAUUGAAAAAGAGGAGCCUGUUGUGGAAUCUGAAGAUGAUGUCGAUUCAUCUGAUGAAAAGAUUGCAGUAUUGGAAAGACACUUAAAGACAUUAGCUGAACAAAUUAAGCAAAUGAAAGCAGCCAAAAAAAAGGAAAAGGUUGAUAAGAAAUCGUCAAACAAGACAGUUCAAGAGAAACCCGUCAAACCUAAGACUGCGUCCAAGACACCAGUUAAAUCUCCAGCGAAAUCUACGCCUGCUAAAGCGCCUGCUUCUGAAAAGAAAAGACCUCCAGUCAAACGCUCAAAACCGGUCUAUACUAGCGAGAGUGACAGCAGUAGUGAGGACGAUAUUCCUGUCAUUACAUUUGAGCAAAAGAAAGAGCUCAGCGACAGCAUUAACAAAUUUGAAGGCGACAAGUUGGCUAAUGUUGUACAAAUUAUUCACAACAGCAUGCCACAUCUCCGAGAUAAUGGCGGUCAAGAGGAAAUAGAGCUGGACAUUGAUUCAUUAGAUCCUAGGACGCUGUUUAAAUUGUAUCAGUAUGUAAAGAAAAACACGACGGUGAAACGCAAGAAGCCUGCGCCCAAGAAAGUUAAGGUUCAGUACACGGAGGAGGAUGCUACCAAGAAGAUAAGCGAGCUGGAACGAACAUUGCAGAAGUUUGAGCAGCCUGCUGCGCAUCUGAAGGGGUCCAUUUCAAACGUAAACGACGGUUACUCUUCAAGUUCCAGCGGAAGUUCCAGUUCGUCUGGCUCUGAUAGCGACUCUGGCAGCAGCAGCGACUGAACACAUUAUUUGCGGGUUACUGUCUGAACAGUGUCUUCGCAACAUCGAUGCAACCAUUUGUGCAUCCUGUUUUAUAUUGCCCUCUGAUUGUUUGUUUGUACUUUGUAUACGACAAGAAGCAUAAUGUACUUUAUAAUAUUCUCGCAUUUCUUUCUCGCAUUCCUGGUGUCGUGUACUUGUAUUGUCUAUCUAUUGUCAAUGUGUUGCAUUUUUAGAAGUACCCUUUUUUUUUUCCUUUCUACAUGUGAUUGGGUAAAAACGUUUUUAUUCAAGUACUAAUCUGUCGAACCAGCUAAAAGGAAUCUUUGCGCAAAGCCUUUGUAGUCAUAGGCGGGUCCGCCUCACCUAGAAACUACCGAGUAUAAAAGCCAAAGAAACUUCCUUCUUAAUAAAGU